GCCCUGUUUUUAAACAAACCCCUCCUUUUCUUAACAGAAUUUUCACCACACAGUCACCAGCAGAAGUGGAACAAGAUGAUGAUGAACCGUGUGUUCAUUCUCAAACUGAUCUUCCUACUAUUCCUCGGCAUGUUAACUGGUAUGUUUUACGUGCACUGGCUGGAGUCCUCGAGAAGCAUUGAAGAGCAGAUCCGCCACGAGGUUGCCCUUCGUUCUAUGGCUCCCGUAGAGUUUGGCCAUCACAAACUUUUAGCGAUUACCGGCAGCCAAGGCGCUGGAUCCUCUUCUUCCAGACCGAGCGAAUCACUUGAAAGAGAUUUUUGCCGCGUCUCUGAUUCUUUCCCUCGGGAGCAGCUAAUGGAAGUGAAGGGAAAUCUCCCACCGCGGCUACAACCGUCCUGGGGAAUGUGCGGCCAGCUCAUAGCUGGAGACAACUCUAGCCUCUACCAGUCGCUGAGGAGCUCGCUAAAGGGAUGGGAGAGCAGCCUGCCCGACACGGUAUUUCUUCGACAGCUAAUAAGGAACUGUUCUGAGACCUACCGUGACUUUGCGAGUAGUUCCUACUCAUCAAAGUACGAGCAUGACUUCCCAAUAGCUUACGAAAUGCUCAUCUAUCAAAAGAAAACAAGGGUCCAACAGUACAUACGACUCCUCAAGUAUCUGUACAGACCGCACAAUUAUUACUGCAUUCACAUCGACAUGAAAUCAUCAUCAAAAUGGACCCAGUUGAUCCGUGACUUUGCUUCAUGUUUUCCUAACAUUGUUGUCACUGAGAAGCAAAUACACGUCAAGUAUGCCCGCUCGUCCAUACUAUACGCUCACUUUGAAUGCUUCAAGGAACUAAUGUCUCUCUCAAAGAAAUGGAAGUAUGUUAUAAGUCUUCACGGGACGGAGCUCCCACUCACGACAAACAGGGAGAUAGUGGAAACGCUCGUGAAAAUGAACGGAAGUAACAUGAUCUCUAAAGGUAUUGACUCAAAGAACUUGGAAGGCGAGAAAAAGAAAUGGCUGACUCAUCAAGUCAUAUCAACGCAUAACGGUAGAUGGGUAGCUCUAACUGAUGUACCAUUAGGACCAAUACCCUACAACAUGACUGUCUACAAGAGUGCUGCAUCAGCCAAUAGCGCUUUCUCUCGCCCUUUCAUCCAAUUCAUUCUAACAAACAAGAAAGCUCACGCUCUUUUAAGGUUUCUAAACGACGUCCACUCUGGUGUAGAGUUUUUCUUUUCGACGAUGAAUGCUCUACCAGAGGCUCCUGGUGGAUUCCAUUCUAUAACAAGCAACACUGAACUACCACUGGUAGCACAGAGAGACUGGACGCAUGUCAUAUUAAAGCACAGAUACAUCUGUAAGGAGAGAAAGGUUGUACAUGAUAUAUGUAUUGUUAGCUCAAGUGAUCUACCAAGACUAUAUGAGGCUUCUAGUAAGAAACAAUGGCUGUUUCAUAAUAAGUACUUCAUUGAGUAUGAUCAUGUUGUAAUGGACUGUAUCGAAAGAGUUCUUUUACAAAGAAAUCAUCAUGAGUAUAUUCAAGAUUGUCAGAAAGACACUGUUUCAAGAAAUUAUUUAGACAGUCCCUCUCAGGUACAAUAAUAAUAGAGCAAUCAAUAAUAUUUUUUAUGUAAUAGAUAAUAAUUUUGUUUGUUAUUUUUCAUUUCAAAGACACUGCACAUUUUAAUUUUUAUUAUUGGAAUCCCACUUUGAAUCACAACGUA